AGUCCGAGAAAAGGAUCGAAGGAUCCUGUUCAUAUGGACCUGUCGUCAGACAGAACACUAAAUAAAUAAAUAAUAAGUGGUGUUUGUUCCUACGCGCAUUUGCUGUCAUCGCAAGAAUCAGGAAGCUGGACUGUGUGAUUAAAUGCCAUUGUCGGAAAGCUUUGUCGUGUGUGUGACUUUUCAUAAUGGAUCGCUCGGAGCCAGGCCGUUGGUGCUGGAUUACGUAAUGCACUUUUUACCUCAAAAUGUCAGUUGCGAAAUGCAUGAAGUGACGCGCCUCUGAAUCGAAAUCGGUUUGAUUGCAUUUCCUUUGUCGAGUGCGAGGAAGUCUCCAGCAAUUGUUCCGUUGGUCGUCGUUAAACGUUUGUCGCUGGGAAAAGCUGAGUGAGGACACGCACAGUUAAUUCCGGAAAUGAUUACUGCCGUUCAAUUCACAAGAUUUGUACUUCCGGUUCCGUUUGAUGGCACGCUAAACAUGGCGACGAUGCGAAGUCUUUUUCUUGUGUUACGCAAAUAUUAAUGCAGGAGUUUGUACUGAUGGAUGCAGAAUGCACGGUUUAUCGGUUCCAACUCUUUCCACUUCUCGCUGACUUCAUUACAUUGUUUAAUAACGUUUUAUCUGAGCGUAAAUGAAGUCUGUCUUCGCACUUUUAAUUUCGGCAGCCUUUGUCGUGCUGAUCAGCCCACGCUUGGCUGGACGUUUUGUAGUUUCCGUGUUUGAUGCUCGCUGGACCCCGUGUCCGUCGCAGAUAGGCGUUUUGAAUAGUCGAGCCAACCUCGAUUAUCGAUUGUGCGUCUGUCGAUAAACCGGUCCUUCAUGCCGGUGCUCGUUUCGAUUGUCACAAGGCAGUGGUGAUGACGUUUCGGUAGCAGUAAUAAGCAGCGUCCGCUUUGCCUAAAGUUGGGUUGUACUUUGCUCCGUCGUCUUUAGGUGUUUCGUUUGCAGACAAGCGCGUCCUGUAACUCUGUGUUGAAGUAACAUUUAAAUGUUUAUUUGAGUCGUCAUGACGGCGGAAAUUGUCUCGAAGCAAAGAAAAUAGAAGUUAGGGAAUGCACACAAAGCGACACGUCUCUUGGGUUUUCGUUCUGUAUUUUCGAUUCGUGAAUCCUAAUUUUUCCUGCUAUUUUAUAAAUGGCGUGACGCAGGCGAAGGAACUCCAGUAUUAAAUUUGACCAAAAUCUGUUCAACGUUUCUGGAGUCGGAAGACGACGACAGAAUUAGAAAAAAAAAACCUCUUAAUUUAUGGGAGAGGCUGUUAAGAUGCACGGAGAACGCGUCUUCUUGCAUUUUCGCGGGAAAUAUUUUUCACUCCGCUAGUGACGUUGUUCAAAAUUAAAUUUCGUUUGCUGUCGACCCAGAGCUUGGACGGACGGGCGAAGGUGAAGGUGCAUUUUGCAGGUUUCGUUGCGAACGAACGAGGUUACAUUCGACCGGGACACCCGAAACAUUGAUGUUGCCAGGACGAGUCAUUCGUCGCUUUAAAUUAUCUGCGUGGGCUGCGUAGGUAACACGCGGAGUCAUCAGGCAGCCGCUUUGAAGUCUGUCUGUCUGUCAGUAGGCCGCGACCUCAAAAGGCAUCGUUUCGAUACGCGGACUUGUUUGCGUGGAUCAUGUUAAUUACUGUUCCUUACGAUUCGCUGAUGCGAUUCUGAACGAAAGCUGUGUAAUUAAGCUCUGCUCGCUCCGGGUCAGGGAGCCCUCUGCUUUCGCCUCAGUCGAGUGGAACAAAUGUAUUCAGGGCGGGAGGUUUCGGGUGCGAAUCCAGACCGCGGGGGUGGCCUCACCUUCCUGUACCCAGUCCGAAUUACUCGACCAAAAUGUUGUAUCUGUUCUCUGUUUCCAGUCAGAUGAAACUACGUGAUUUUAUUCGCUCUCCCAACUCAAUUCCUAUGAAAGUGGCUGACAGUUUACUCAAUUGCGUCAUUUCUGCUGCUGGUUAGGCGUAGGCAGUGUGGAAUUGGGAAGGAAGCUGUUUUUUGAAGAACUGCCUGGGAUUUGCUCUUGGGAGAUCAAAGAAAUCACGAGAAAGGGCGAACGUAUGGUCCAUUCUUAUUGUUAACUGGCAUCCGACAAGGUGUGGAGGGUUCGAGUGAGUCGUCAGAUUCCCGCUCCGGCCGAUUGAUUUCUUUUGUUAUCAAAAUGAGUGGAAACGACCGACAACUGGAGCUAAUGUUUACGGAACUUGAGUUAUUUUUGCUGUCAUGGUCACGGCUGCUUAGUUGACCCAGAGGUUGGUUGUCAGGGUAAUAAUAGGCUCUCGGACAGAGGGACACGCUGCCUGGACGGCCAUCUGGAGCACCCCCCCGUCCCCCCCAACAGAAGUCUAGGUCGAACGAACCGUAUAUAUGUUGGCGUACCAGCGUCGUCUGUGUGAGAUUGUGAUAUGAGGACGCGGUAUGGAAGGAAUUUGUGUGUUCUUUCAGUGACAGUGGUGGAUAAUUCUACAUUUUUUUAGGAAUCCGCGUUUUAUCUCACUGUUAAAACAUGAAAUUCAGAAAGUAGUGCUCGAAGGUUCAGAAACAUCGUACUCAUCAAAAUGCACUCGUCACCAGCGUUGAUCGGCGUGGCCGUUGCCUUUCUGAAUUUACUAAUUCAAUCGCAGACUGCAGCUGAAGUUCCGCCCGGAGAGACGUCUGAGUGUGGGGCGAAGACCGGAGAAGUGUGUCGCAGGUCGUGGGACGUGUUUUCGGAGGUUCUGGGGCGCUGUCGGCUGCAGGCGUCGAGGCGAGGCGACGGCUUCACGUUCGGCGUGUGGCAGUGCCUGAGGAAUGAGACAGUUGCUUCCCUGGACCGGAUGAUUCUGACGGACGUAAUUCGUGUGGUGGACGGAGUGGAUCUCGUCCGUCUGUCGCCCGCCAGUGGCUUCGCCAGGGCAGUUUCUGGUGAAGAGGAGUGGAGGUGGCAGGUGGUGGACCGAGUUGCAGAACUCUUCAGGAGCCACGUUAUCAGGCUGCGCCUCGAUGACGUGGAAGGCCGUGUUCGUCAUCACUACAGGCAUCUCUUCCCGCUGAUGAUGUUUGCCUUCAUGAAGAUGCUGGUGAUUCUGGUUCCCCUCGGUUUCCAGUUCAUGGCCGUCAUCUCGGGAAAGGCCCUGCUGCUUAGCAAAAUGGCGCUGGCCCUGGCCUCAGCACAGGCCAUGAAGAAAGUGACGAGCGCCUGGUUCGACGUGUACCAUCCACCGCACCCCGCGUACUACCCCCACGUCCAUCGCAGCUACCACCCACUGCAGGACUUCCAGUCUGCGGGACCUGCUCUGCCCGACGCGGGACAGCUGCCUCACUAUCAGCAGCAGCAGUACCAGUUUGUCUACCCCUCGGUGCCCUCCGUCUUCGACCCGCCCAGUGACGGAGUGCAGAGACGAAGCAGGAAGCUCCUGAGUUCCUGAGACUCCGGGAAGAACCAAAUGGAGGAGUAAUUUCUCAGUUUUAUCCGGAGCAAAUCUCACCGGAAUCUUCGUGAAAUUUCUUUGUCGACAUAAUUCACUUCGAAACUUUUGAACUAAAAUUUUACGUAAGUCUCGAAACCACCGGAGGCUGCCUCAUUCACUGCGUUGACGUAUAUUUGCGAACGUUUUGUUUCCUUCCAAAUUUGUUUUUGAAUUCUCCAUCCUGAAAGUUUCUGAAUAAAUGCAUUCAUUGCGAUAUAUCCUCAAAA